AUGCACCGAAUGGGCUUCUGUAAUCUCACUCGUGCCGGCAAGGCUGUCGCGGCCGACAUGGAUGCUGUGACGCGGGCACAGCUCUGGCUGCCCGAGUUAAUCAUCCAUCUGGGAGUGUCUCCCAAGGUCCUCAUGAAUCUGGACGAGACCGCCUUAUUCCCGGCCUGCCAGCCAAGGAAGACGUGGGCAAUUGAUGCGACGGCAGGGGUGAAAACUGCUAAGGACCGCCUAACCGUCGCGUUCAUCUGUAACGUGGACGGUUUUGAGACGUUCCGCCCCAUGAUUUGUACGGCGUUCAUCGAGCCUUUGAACGCCUCGUUCUUUGCCGAGGCGAUGCAGGUCGUGCUCCUCGUGGAUGAUGCGAGCAGUCACCGCAUGGAAACGGAGACCGCGGUGCGCGAGAACAUCUUGGGCUUCCGCACGGUCAAGCUGAGCAACAUCAGGGUGGUGUACCUCCCUCCUAACACCACCGCCUUCACGCAGCCCCUGGACCAAGGCGUGAUCAGCGCGGUGAAGGCGCGAUUCCGUCAGAAGGUCAUCGUGGACUGGCUCCGUCUGUGGGACGACAGUGGGAGCCCCGCAUCCAUGCAGUCCUUGAAGCCGACUACAUCAGCGACAGUCGUAUACCUGUUCGAAGCAUUGGACGCGGUCGAGGGCGACACGAUCCAGCGCUGCUGGUUCUACGCCGGCAUCCUCCCACGGUCGUGGAGGGUACUCAUGCCCCUCGGGAGCACUUGGACAUCCGACCCUGGCGACACUACCGAGAAACUCCAGUUUCUUGGUAGGCAGCUGGCAGCUAUGAAGCUCGGGCCGGCAGGGAUGUCCGCGACGGAAUUCAGUUACGUCGAGGACAAUGUGCCGACUUGCGAGUUUGAGGCACCGGAUCCACUGGCAGACGAGCCACCAAGGACUCGCAGUGCCCGUCCGUCGCUGCUGUCGGAGCCCAUCAUGGUAAAUGACCGCGCCGUUCUCCGCGAGUUUCGCCGUGUUGCCCGCCGCGCGACGGAAAUCCUGGUGGGGUAUGCGUGGGCGGAAUACAUCAUGCCGGGCGACCUUGCUGCCAUCUUUGGGAUUAACAACACGUAA